UCCACCUCCGAGCUAAUCAGGAUCAGCGGCCAUGAAUGAGACCCAGUACUGAGACUCCUGAGAUCUCCGCCGCUGACCCAGACAUCAAGCAGUAACUGGGCCGCAAACGCUGCAAAACACCGCCGGCAGGAGCCUGGAGCCACAGCAACAGCAGCUUUCUGAGGGAGGGGAAACUUUCAGAGAACAAUUUUUUAAAAACUGCACACCAACAGACUGGAGCAGCACAAGUAAAUUUAACUUCCACCGUUUUGUUUUUUGUUAAAUAAUCCUAUCAACUGUGGAGCAUUUACCAGAACCAGAACAGGAGGAAGGAGCAGAAUCGUUACACAGAUUGCAGUGAGACGCUGAACCUCGGCCAUCUUGAUGGAGGUGAGUCUCCCAGAGGUUCUUGGUCGAUGAUGAAAGUGUCCCACCCAGCGGUGCCUCUGAAUCCCUGCCAUGUCUCCCUCACAUGGUGACUUCUGAUGUCCUCAGGGAAACUCAGACCUGAACCAUGGUCAUUCUGCAGCAGGGGGACUACGUAUGGUUGGACCUUAAGACAGGCCGGGAGUUUGUCGUCCCCGUCGGAGCUGUGGUGAAACUCUGCGACUCUGGACAGAUCCAGGUUCUGGAUGAUGAAGGCCGGGAACACUGGAUUUUCCCCCAGAAUGCCACCAACAUCAAGCCGAUGCACCCGACGUCCAUCCAUGGUGUCGAGGACAUGAUCCGCCUGGGCGACCUCAACGAAGCCGGCAUUCUCCGCAACCUGCUCAUCCGCUACAACGAACAUGUCAUCUACACGUACACCGGCUCAAUCCUGGUGGCUGUGAAUCCCUAUCAGCUGCUUCCCAUCUACACUCCGGAUCAGAUCCGCCUCUACACCAACAGGAAGAUCGGAGAGAUGCCGCCGCACAUAUUCGCCAUCGCAGACAACUGCUACUUCAACAUGCAGAGGAACAACAAGGACCAGUGCUGCAUCAUCAGUGGUGAAUCUGGAGCCGGGAAAACUGAGAGCACAAAGCUGAUUCUGCAGUUCCUGGCGGCCAUCAGCGGUCAGCAUUCCUGGAUAGAGCAGCAGGUCUUGGAGGCCACGCCCAUCCUGGAAGCUUUUGGAAAUGCCAAGACAAUUCGUAACGACAACUCCAGUCGCUUUGGGAAGUAUAUAGACAUCCACUUCAACAAACGGGGCGCCAUCGAAGGGGCCAAGAUAGAGCAGUACCUGCUGGAGAAAUCUCGAGUGUGUCGACAGGCAGCCGAUGAGAGGAACUACCACAUUUUUUACUGCAUGUUGAAAGGAAUGGGUCCGGAGAUGAAGGCUAAGCUGGGUUUGGGCCUGGCCAGGGAUUACUGCUACCUCACUGCGGGUAACUGUACUGAAUGUGAUGGCCGCGACGACCUGGCUGAUUAUUCCAGCAUCCUGUCGGCCAUGAAGGUGCUCAUGUUCAGCGAGACAGAGAACGUGGAGAUUUCGAAGCUGCUGGCGGCCAUCUUACACAUGGGCAACCUUCGGUUUGAGGCUCGUACGUACGACAAUCUGGACGCCUGUGUGGUUGUGAGAUCUCCUGACUUAGUGACUGCUGCUUCACUCAUGGAGGUGGAGCCGAAGGACGUGAUGGUGUGUUUGACCACUCGAACCCUCAUCACCCGGGGUGAAAGCGUCACCACGCCUCUCAGCGUGGAACAAGGUCUGGAUGUCAGGGACGCCUUUGUCAAGGGGAUCUACGGCAGGCUGUUUGUCUGGAUAGUAGAUAAAAUCAACGCAGCCAUUUACCGACCUCCUUCCUGUGAGAGUAGUGUCAUCAGAAGGUCCAUCGGACUUCUGGACAUCUUCGGCUUUGAGAAUUUUAUCGUCAACAGCUUUGAGCAGCUGUGCAUCAACUUUGCCAACGAGAACCUGCAGCAGUUCUUUGUUCGCCACGUUUUCAAGCUGGAGCAGGAGGAGUACAACCUGGAGGACAUCAACUGGCAGCACAUCGAGUUCACAGACAACCAGGAGGCGCUGGACAUGAUCGCCAACAAACCCAUGAACAUCAUCUCCCUCAUCGACGAAGAGAGCAAGUUCCCAAAGGGAACUGAUGCUACGAUGUUGUAUAAGCUCAACUCACAGCACAAACUCAACACCAACUACAUCCCUCCGAAAAACAGCUACGAAACCCAGUUUGGCAUCCAACACUUUGCUGGGGUGGUGCAUUAUGAGUCCAGAGGAUUUCUGGAGAAAAACCGCGACAGCCUCCAUACCGACAUCAUCCAGCUCGUCCACUCGUCCAAGAACAAGUUCAUCAAGCAGAUCUUCCAGGCCGAUGUUGCUAUGGGUGUUGAAACAAGAAAGCGUUCUCCAACUCUGAGCAGCCAGUUCAAACGUUCCCUGGAGAUGCUGAUGAGGACGCUCAGUGUGUGUCAGCCGUUCUUCGUUCGCUGCAUAAAACCCAACGAGUUCAAGAAACCACUGUUAUUUGACAGAGAGCUGUGUAUUCGCCAGCUGCGCUACUCCGGCAUGAUGGAGACGAUCCGGAUCAGGAGAGCAGGUUAUCCCAUCAGAUACAGCUUUGCUGAAUUUGUGGAUCGAUAUCGAGUCCUGAUGCCUGGAAUCAAACCUGCUCACAUACAGGAUGACCUGAAGGGAACCUGUCAGCAGAUAGUCUCAGCCCGGCUGGGAAAACAGGAAGACUGGCAGAUAGGAAAAACUAAGAUUUUUUUAAAGGACCACCACGACAUGCAGCUGGAGAUUGAGAGAGAUAAAGCCAUCACUGAUAAAGUCAUCCUCAUCCAGAAAUCUGUGCGUGGAUUGAAAGCCAGGUCAAACUUUCGCAGACUCAGGAGCGCUGUGGUUUGUAUUCAGAAGGUCUGGAGGGGGUACAGGAGCAGGAAGAAUUACCAAAUUAUGAAGUCAGGCUUCAUUCGCCUUCAGGCGGUCUGCAGGUCCAGGAAGUACUACAGAAGCUACCGGAUCACUCGCUGCCGCAUCACCCUCAUCCAAGCCCGCUGCCGGGGCUUCCUCAUCCGGCAGACCUUCUGGAGACGCCUCCGAGCCGUGUUGACCCUCCAGGCCUACACCAGAGGCAUGAUAGCCAGACGCCUCUGCCAGAGGCUCAGGGCCGAGCAUCAGCGGCGCCUGGAAGCCGAGCGGCAGCGCCUGGCCGAGGAGGAGCAGCUCCGGAACCAGAUGACGGUCCGGCGGGCCAAGGCGGAGGCCGACAGGAAGCACCAGGAGCGUCUCUUCCAGUUGGCCCAGCAGCAGGAGGAGCGGGACAGGGAGGAGAAGGAAGAGGCGCGCAGGAAGAAGGAGCUGCUUGAUCAGAUGGAGAGGGAGAAGGAGCAGCCUGUCGACCACUCUGACAUGGUGGACCGGAUGUUUGGUUUCCUCGGGGACUCCGGACCGCUCCCGAACCAGGACGGACAGGCGCCGGCUGGGUUUGAAGAUUUGGAGCAAACUCCUCGCGGCGAGGAAGCAGAAGAAGAGAUGCUGAAUGAAGCGCCGCCAUUACCUGACGAGGAAGAGGAAGAUCUGUCCGAGUACAAGUUCUCCAAGUUCGCCGCCACCUACUUCCAGGGUCUUUCUACUCACACCUACAUCAGGCGACCGCUGAAGCAACCGCUGCUGUUUCACGAGGACGAAGGAGACCAGCUGGCUGCAUUAGCCGUGUGGAUCACCGUGUUGAGGUUCAUGGGCGACCUGCCAGAACCAAAAUGCCAGAUAGUCAUCAACGACGGCAGUGAGAAGAUCCCCGUCAUGACCAAGAUCUACGAAACCCUCGGCAAGAGGACCUAUAAGAGGGAGCUGCAGGAGCUGCAGGUGGAGGAAGAGAACAGCUCCAUCGACUCUCAGAAGAGGAACAGCGUCAGACAUAAGCUGGUGUCUCUAACUCUGAAGAGGAAAUCUAAGAUAACAGAAGAGGUCACCAGGCGGCUGACAGAGGGCGUGGACUACGGCCUCCAGGGCAACAGCAUGCUGGAGGAUCGACCCACCUCCAACCUGGAGAAGCUCCACUUCAUCAUCGGAAACGGCAUCUUACGGCCAACGCUCAGGGAUGAGAUCUACUGUCAGAUCUGCAAACAGCUCACUCAGAACCCGUCCAAAAGCAGCCACGCCCGGGGAUGGAUCCUCCUGUCUCUCUGUGUCGGCUGCUUCGCUCCGUCCGAGAAGUUCGUCAAAUAUUUACGGACCUUUCUGAAGAAUGGUCCUCCUGGUUACGCUCCGUACUGCGAAGAGAGGCUGAGGAGGACGUUUGUGAACCGCACACGAACCCAGCCGCCGUCCUGGCUGGAGCUCCAGGCGACCAAGUCCAAGAAGCCCAUCAUGCUGCCUGUGACGUUCAUGGACGGCACCACCAAGACGUUGCUGGCGGACUCCGCCACCACGGCCUUCGAGCUCUGCAACGCCCUGGCGGACAAGAUCAACCUGCGCGACCGCUUCGGUUUCUCCCUGUACAUCGCUCUGUUUGAUAAGGUGUCGUCUCUGGGCAGCAGCAGCGACCACGUCAUGGACGCCGUGUCGCAGUGCGAGCAGUAUGCCAAAGAGCAGGGCGCCCAGGAGAGGAACGCCCCCUGGAGGCUGUUCUUCAGGAAGGAGAUCUUCAGCCCCUGGCACGACCCCACGGAGGACUACGUCGCCACAAACCUCAUUUACCAGCAGAUCGUCAGAGGAGUGAAGUUUGGAGAGUAUCGCUGUGAGAAGGAGGAAGAUCUGGCUGAGCUGGCCUCUCAGCAGUACUUUGUGGACUAUGGCUCUGAGAUCCUCCAGGAGCGCCUGCUCAGCCUCAUCCCGUCCUACAUCCCCGACAGGGAAGUCACCUCCACUAAGACUGGAGAGAAGUGGGCUCAGCUCAUCAUCAACGCCCACAAAAAGGGAUUAUACCACAAAAGGAGGCUGAACACUCAGAAGGUGAGGGAGGACGUUGUGGAUUUUGCUCGCAUAAAGUGGCCUUUACUCUUCUCACGUUUCUAUGAGGCCUUUAAAUUCUCAGGGCCCAGUCUGCCAAAGAAUGAUGUGAUUGUGGCUGUGAACUGGACUGGGGUUUACUUUGUGGAUGAGCAGGAGCAGGUUCUUCUGGAGCUGUCGUUCCCAGAAAUCACAGCCGUGUCCAGCAGCAGAGGAGGAAAACUGCAAGGUCAGAGUUUCACACUGGCCACCAUCAAAGGAGACGAGUACACCUUCACCUCCAACAACGCGGAGGACAUCCAGGACCUGGUGGUCACCUUCCUCGAAGGUCUGAGGAAGAAGUCCAAAUACGUGGUGGGACUGCUGGACUGUCCAAACCCUGCUGGCGUUGACUCCACCUUCCUGAGUUUCUGUAAGGGGGAUCUGAUCAUCCUGGAUGAACAUGACGGAGAACAUGUGAUGAACUCCGGCUGGGCGCACGGCGUCAACGACAAGACCAAGCAGAGAGGAGACUUCCCUGCUGACUGCGUCUACGUGCUGCCCACCAUCACCAGGCCGCAGUACGACAUCGUGGCUCUGGUGACGAUGACUCCUGAUCAGAGGAGGGAGUCUCUCAGUUUGUCUCAGAUGAGUCUUUCUGAGAAGGACAAAUCCAAGGCCUACACCCUGGAGGAGUUUUCCUACGACCACUUCAGGCCGCCUCCGAAGAGCACCCUGAGCCGAGUGAUGAUGUCCAAAGCUCGAGGGAAGGAGCGACUGUGGAGCUGCGUCAGGGAGCCUUUCAAACAGCCGCUGCUGAAGAAAGUCCUGGCGCACGACGAACUCUCCCAGGAAGCCCUUCUGGCCUUCAUAGCUGUGAUGAAAUACAUGGGCGACUACCCGUCCAAACGGGCGCGGUCCGUCAACGAGCUCACCGAUCAGAUCUUUGAAGGAGCGCUGAAGGCGGAGCCGCUGAAGGAUGAAAUCUACUGCCAGAUCCUCAAACAGCUCACAGACAAUCACAUCAAGUUCAGUGAGGAGAAGGGCUGGGAGCUGCUGUGGCUCUGCACUGGUUUGUUUCCUCCCAGUAACAUCCUGCUGCCCCACGUCCAGAAGUUCCUCCAGGCCAAGAAGCACUUCCCGCUGGCGCCGGACUGCAUGCAGCGGCUGCAGAAAGCCCUGCGAAAUGGAUCCAGGAAGUACCCUCCUCACCUGGUGGAGGUGGAGGCCAUCCAGCACAAGACCACACAGAUUUUCCACAAGGUUUACUUCCCUGACGACUCGGACGAGGUGUUUGAAGUGGAGUCGAGCACGAAGGCUAAAGAUUUCUGCCAUAACAUCUCCGGUCGACUGAUGCUCAAAUCCUCUGAGGGCUUCAGUCUGUUUGUAAAGAUCACAGACAAGGUCAUCAGUGUGCCAGACGGCGACUUUUUCUUUGACUUUGUGAGGCAUCUGACCGACUGGAUCAAGAAAGCGAGACACGGCUCUACAGGCGCGGUGCCUUCACUGACCUAUCAGGUGUUCUUCAUGAAGAAGCUGUGGACCAACACGGUGCCAGGAAAAGACGCCAUGGCCGACUCCAUCUUCCAUUAUUACCAGGAGCUGCCCAAGUAUCUCCGCGGUUACCACAAGUGUUCGAGGGAGGAGGUGCACCAGCUGGCGGCUCUGAUCUACAGGGUGAAGUUUGAAGAGGACAAAUCCCAUUUCCAGAAUAUUCCCAAGAUCCUGAAGGACCUCGUUCCUCAGGACCAGAUCCGACUUCUGUCCCCAGACGACUGGAAGAGGUCCAUCAUGACGCUCUUUAACAAACAGUCUGGAAAAACACCCGAAGACGCCAAACUCUCCUUCCUGAAGGUCAUUUACAAAUGGCCGACGUUUGGCUCCGCCUUCUUUGAAGUCAAGCAAACAACAAAUCCAAAUUACCCAGAAACUCUCCUGAUUGCCAUCAAUAAACACGGAGUUAGUCUGAUUGAUCCGAAGACUAAGGACAUCCUGACCACUCAUCCCUUCACCAAGAUCUCCAACUGGAGCAGCGGCAACACAUACUUCCACAUCACCAUCGGGAACCUGGUGCGAGGCAGCAAGCUGCUCUGCGAAACGUCGCUGGGUUACAAGAUGGAUGACCUUUUGACCUCUUACAUCAGCCAGAUGCUGACAACGAUGACCAAGCAGCGAACGUCCAGAGGAAACAGCAAGUGAUCAGGCCACACUCCUGAACUAAAACCCACCUUUCAUUUUUGUGUCCUGUCUUAAAAACUCACCUUUUGCCUUUAAAGUCACUCCUUCAGGACUCUCCUGUGUGGAGCUGCUUCUGGAUUGAUUAACAGCCUUGCAAAAAACAUUCAGACCCCAGGAAAAUUAACACACUUUGUCAUGUUACAACUACAUAGCUGAGUGUCUUUGUCUGCAGGACUUAAUGUGACAGACCAACACAGAGGGAUGAUGUGGAAAUACUUACGCUGGGGGUCUGCAGCUUUUAAUGCACCCCUGAUCCAAACAGCUCAAUCAAUGGACAUAAGCAGGAGGUAAUUCAGACUUCUCAUUUAGUGGUGUGGGAACGUAGAUGCAUCUUAAAGUUGCAGGAUCCAACUUUUUCUCUGCAGCCUGAAUUCCCAACUCCGACGAAAUGAUAGUUUUCAAAGUGUCUGCAGCCUGAACGAUCAUUUCGCCUUUAAUCUGACUUUUACGUCACAGACGUGAGACAUGAGUCAUAAUUCUGCAGCAGAAGAAGCCAAACGCUGUGCUUUCUUUUUAUUAUCUUCCUUCGUCUUUUAAUGAUCUUGUGAUGAAGUCGGCUGCCACUCGUCAACAGAUUUAAAAUUGAUCCGUAAACAGCAGUGGCCAUUAUUCUUUCUGUAAACAGAAAUAAAAAUGGCAGAUCGUCGCAGAGUCACAUCUAUGUUCUUCUUCUGCACAUUCGGGUCGUUUUGUGGUCAUAAUGUUCACGCAGACGUCUGAUUGCAGUCGCAUUUCAUUAGCAGCAUGAACAACCACAAAAAAAAAUGGAUUUCAGCAAAAGAAUUGACCCAUACGUUUUUAGAUGUUAGCUUGCAAGACAUUAGAAAACCAUCAUUUUACUUAAACUUCACAAUGAAACACUGCUCUGUACUGGUCUGCCACACAAGUUUCCAUUAAAAUACAUUGACACCAGUUAUUGUAACAUGAAAAAGGUCUAAAUUAAUGUUAAUCCUCUGACCUGAAAUUGAAACGAAGCAAUCAGGCAACAUGUCAUAUGAGACCAUUUCUAACCUCUCAAGUAGGUAAAAAUUUUAUUUUUCACUUAAGACAGUUAUACAUUAUUGCAAUAAAAUUCACUUUAUUCUGGACGAUGGUGCCCAAGACCAGCUAGUUUCCUUUUUUAGACGGCAACUAUUAACUCCCAGUGAGUGUCUUCACAUGUAUUGAAGUUGAAUUUUUACACCUUUAACUAAUACAGUUUUAAAUUUAGUUCUGCAGUGAAAACCUGCAUCAUGAAAUCCAAAACAAAACCAUUCAUCUCCCACAAAAAUGUCAAUUAGACGCCUUUUUCCAGUCAUUUUAUGUAUUUAGCAUAAUUAUUUUUUUUAGAUAAUCUUUCCUCUCUGUUGGAAAAAGAUUAUAUGUGGUUUUAGAUGAAAGGAAAUGUGAUUUGUUCUGCAGGCGUGCCACUAAAUGAAAACACCAUCUUUGUUUCAUAAGGUUGGUUUUCAGAGAAUCUGUCCCUACAGGACACCACAGGAAUCUGUUUCUAAUCUCAUGUUUAAAUACAAAUAAUUUAAUAAUUUGAGUGUGAAGUCAUCAUGUCUCACGUCAUCCAUGUACAAAGUACUUUUAUCAAAAUAUGUGACUUAAUGUUAUGUAGCCAUAAAUAAAUUACAUUUUGCAAAGAAA